GAAUGUUUCUACCUCGAUUUCUGAGAAAGAGGUCUGAGUUUGAAUCAAACGUCCGCCAUUUUUAUUUAUUCACACAAAGAAAAACCGGUAGAUAAAGACGUAGCAGGUACUGAAAGAGCUUCCCAAAACACGCUUGUACCUUCUCCAUCCGGGAAACAACUCUGUAACGCUGAUGAGAAAGCAGGGCAUAGCGAUACAAUGACGAUCUUUUUUUGGAAUUAGGCCCAUUGUUGUUUUGAGGAAGCAGUGAAUUCACAUGCGUCGAGUUUGAAGAUGGCUGCUUCAAAGGCAUUUAAGAUUGGGGACCUCGUCUGGGCAAAGAUUAAAGGCUACCCUCACUGGCCUGCAAGGAUAGACGAACCACAACCUGGGCAAAAAGUUCCACAAAGAAAAUACUUAAUAUUCUUUUUUGGAACCCAUGAAGUCGGGUUUGUUAAAGCAGACGAUUUGUUUCCCUUUGAAGAACACAAAUCCAAAUACUUUUUAACUUCAAAGAAAAACAGAGGCUUUGCCGAAGCACUUGUUGAGGUUAUAGAGAACCCGACUGUGAGGCAUACCCCAGCAGAGGAGGAAGAGGAGGAUAACGAGGCUGAAGAUGAUAACGAGGCUGAGGAGGAUAACGAGGCUAAGGAGCAAAGUCAAAACGAGGCAGCUGAAGACGAGGACAAAGCUGAAAGUGAAGAAGUUGAUCAAGAAAAGGAAGAGAAGAAAAAAGAGAAGAAAAACAAGAAGAAGAAGAAUGAUAAAGAAGAAAUCGAGAAAAAGAAGAAAAAUCGCAAGUCAAAAGAUAAAGAUGAUACAAAAACUGUGAAGGAGAAAGACACCAAAUCUAAAAACCAGACCAAAGAAGUCCGAAGAGAGGACAGGCAGGCCAAGAGGCGUUUAAAAAAGAAGAAGAGACUUUCCGCGGCGAUAGUGCGAGAAUCUUCUGAUGAAGAAGACUCAGAGAGUGAUGAGGAGAAGCUGCAUAUUGAUGUGAAGAACGACAAUAAGGAAAUUUCUGCAAGCGACCAGUCCUCGGAUUCAGAAGAGCCAGCGCCAAAAAAGAAGAAAGUAUCUUCUGCUGGAGAAAGAAAAUCGAAAGGGAAUCAAAGGAAAUCGACGGAGAAAACGCCAAAGAGAAAAAAGACGACAGUUAAAGAAGAGCUAAGUGAGGACGACGAAGAGAAAGAAGUUAUGGAUGAAAAAGAUUUAAAAGAAGCUGAAGAUCAAAAAAAGGUUUUGCAAGAAAAGUUGAAAAAAAUUCUUGAAGAAAAACACGAAAAGGAAAAACAGAAAGAAAUGGAAAAGAAAAAGAAACAAGAAGAGAAAGAAAGAAGGAAAGAAGAAAGGCGGAAAAGUAAAGAGGAGAAGAUGGGAAAACAAAGACAGGACAAGAAGCAGAGAAAGAAGGAGGAAAAAGCCAGGGAAAAAGCAGAAGAGAAAGAAGAACGUGAAAGAAUGGAAGAAGUUGACAAACUUAGACGCGAAGAAGAAGCAAGACUCGCAUAUGAGCGAUUGGCACAGGAAUCACAAGGAGAUGAAGUAGCCACAACCAACGAGACGAACGGGCACAAGGAAGAUGACGAUGUCAAACUACAACAACAGGGUAUGCCGCGAAAAUCAAGAGAACUCAGCACCCAAGAGAGGCUUGAAGAGCUCAAUGACAGGCUGAAGCUGUCCUUGUCCCUUGCAAACCCAGAUCCAACAAAAUGUUUGAAGAUCAUUCAAGAGAUAUCUGAGCUUCCCAUCACACCUGAAAUAAUUAAACACAGCCGAAACAUUGUGCAGACGUUAAAGAAGGUUCGUUGCUACAAAGGAAAUCAAAAGGUUUCAUUGAAAGCUGCAACACUAUACAGUCAUUUGAAAAGCAAAUUUGUGCUUGCUGGGUCAGACAUGACGACACAGUUGUUGAAGCCACCAACGAAUGCCAUCUUGCAAGCACUACCACCAAAAACCGGCAUUACACCAGUGCAAAGAGUAGAGGCAUCAGUAAACGAAACUGUUGUUGAAGAAAAAUUACUGUGUGAAGAGUCUGAAAAGAAAACUGAGAUUCAAAAUGAGGAAAUAUCAAGCUCGAAUAUUGGUGACACCAAGAAGGAGCAAAACAACGGACACUGUGAAGAAGACGCCAAAGAUGUCUCUAAUUUUACAGCUGACACUAAACUUGAAGUCGAUAAUGAAGAAAUUAAAGAUAAAACAACAAACAAUGAAAGCGAAAAUGUUAACGACUCUGAUGCAACGAAAGGGGAAAUCGACAAAGAUAACGACAGGUCUUUGGCUUGCGUCGACAUGGAGAUUGAUGACGAUGAUGAAGGCCUCUGCGAAGGAGAUUCGAAGACAAAAAGGGAGCCUGGGGACAAUAAUGAACAACGUGACGUCAUUUCUACAAAUGACUCUGUUAAUCAGAAUCAAGAAAUGUCGCACAAGACGCAAAGUUUUGAUUCAUAGGUAGCGUUUCUUAAUUCGUGAUUUCGAUAUGUAAAAAUACAUUUGUCUCAUUAUUUGACAAUCCUUUUCGAUUAACAUUAAAAGCAACACGUAUCUCAAAGAUU